AUCGGGUGUUGUAUCCAUGCCACCUCUGAUUGGCUGGGCCGCCUACUCUUAUUUGCCCAACUCGUUCAUCUGCUUCUGCGAGUGGCAGACGUCAGCCAGUUACGCUUUCUUCAUGGUCGGGUUCUGCUUCUGCUUGCCUUGCGCGGCCAUGACCUUUUGCAACGUGGGCAUUCUCAGGGCCUAUAUAAGAAGCAAGAAGACAGUGGACAGUUUCGGGGAAAAGUUUGCGCCCCAUGUGAGCGGAAAAGAAAUACACAACAAACAGAUCGAUGGAGGCGAACCUAACAUACGUGAAAACAGGCAACUUGCUGAAGGAAGCCAUCUUCCUAGGAACAGGAUCGAGGCAGCAGACAAACUGGAGUUGCAAAAGUCGGACGAACACAAUGGGAAGCCCCGAAAUAAUGUUUGUUUUGAUAGCUAUGACCAAAAGGCAACGAACAAAGAAAAAGAAGAUAAUAUAAAAACAAACUUUAAUUCUAAGAAAAAAUGUGAAGAUAAUUUAAUCAUGUCCCACAACUCCGUAGUUCCUCAUUCAUCGAAGUGUCAGAAUGUAAAUGAAAAUUAUCUUCCCUUUGCUCGCUCUAAUAACGCCCAACCAAGCAUUGGCCCUGAUUCUGUAAGUAUUACCAGCAGAUCGAUAGAGGCGGAGAUAGAAAAUAUUAGAGCAGAAACACCCGCGGUCAGCGAUGACAAGAUAAAAGAAGCAGGCGUUAAAUCAGAAGCAGAACUGGUGCACGUGAAAUUAGCCCAGUGCACGCAGACUGAGAUUAAGGUCGCGUUUCCUCAUGGAAGUAAGAUGGUCGUUGAUGAAACUCAAGUCUCUCCUUCAUCUACCGCUUCAAUGAACAGCUUAACUCAAGUAACAGGCCAGCUUCCAAAAGUUACAGUAUGCUCUAAUGGUCAUUCAGAAGGAACCAAUGACAAGUUGAAACACAGGAUGCAUACAUUAUGUCGGCCGUCAUGCCCGUCAGAUUCUAAAAACGGAAUACGUUCGGGCAACUUUAAAACCAUUAGCCCGUGGCACAAAAAUAAAACUAUUCAUAAGAGUACUCUUACCAAAAUCAACGUUAUGUGGGAACCAGUGGUUGACUUAACAUUCAAUUCCUUAUCAAUGAAGGAACAAGGCUGCGUCAAGGAGAAUAAAGACAAUGAUAGGAUUUCAAAUAUUGACCUGAUAACCAAAGGCAAUCCUAACUCAGAUACAAAGAUACCCAGUUGCUGUAAAGUUAGGAAGAAAUCGAAGCGAGUUAGUUUUAAAAUGUUUUCUUUCGAGAGCUGGUUACUGGACUGCCAACGAAUAUCAAGAAAAUGUGUGACGUUUAAAAAUAUUCCUUCAAUCAUCAAUACGCAUACACGUUUUUGGAGCAGUACUAAAAAAUGUCCAACUUUUUUCAGAAGUGUGAAACAUAAACGAUCCUUAAAAACUGUUCAAAAAAAUCGAAUUUCUCGGAGGAAGUGCCACAGAGCUCGCAUUUUUCUUUGGCACAAUUUAAAAUGUGAUGAAGUUGUUGAAAGCAGAAACAUUUUCUUAAAGUCCAAUAAAAAGGUUGAUUGUUUGAGAAUCAAUUUUCUUUCUGAAAACGAGGAUUCCAACUUUGAAUAUCUUAACACUGUGAACUCAGUGUCUUCUCCAAAUUUAGCUUCUGGUUCAGUAAGCCCUGAUCACAUCACUAAAACAUCUGCUAAUAAGAUAUUCCCUUUCAGAAACAGGAUUCAUGUUAUGCCUUUGCGGGAAUUUGGCAGUAAUAAAACUGAUCCCGAGUACACGUCCUUAGAAUUGAAUUGUUCCUCAGAAACUACAAAAAGUCCAAGCUCUGGGACCAUCAAAAGCCUCAAGCAUGUCUCAGAAAAGUCAACAUCUCCUCAGCGACUGUCAGCUGAUGUAAGAAAGUCGAUGUUGUCUAGUUCGUCUCCUCAAAACAAUAUUGAGUCCAGACCAACUUUAAGACUCUGUGUGAACUCUAGAAAAGCGAGGCCCACUGUAAACGUGAACAGCUUACAGAGAUCUACCCUACGCUCAAGGACUAAAUCAGAACGUAGAAAGAUGGAAGAAUUUCAACUAGCCGCGAGUUUACUGACUGUGAUUCUGCUGUUCAUCGUCUGCUGGUUCCCAUACUGCGUCUCCAUGUUCUUGGUCAUCUUUUCACCGGAGCGCUCAUCCGUAGCACUGGACUUAACAUCUCUGUGUCUGGGCUACUUCAACAGUUGUUUGAAUCCCAUUGUAUACGGUGUCAUGAACACCAAAUUUAAAAUGGCUUACAAGCGUCUACUGCUGUCUGUCAUAAGUCCAUUCCGGUUUCGACGAAAGUUAGAUUUCAUUGGAAAGUCCACAAAAGGAAGAACCGCUGACCAUUUGACUUUAGCUACUGUCACAUCUAUGCAAUGAACUUACAAAAUGGGAAAGAUUUGGAUACAAAAGAAUCAACGUGUUAAAACAGU